AGUAGGAGGAGCCAGAUUCCUUUAGGAUACAGGGAAGCGCAGCCAACAGCUAUAAAGGCACCUUAGUACUCCACCCUCCCGUGAGGUCAAGUUCCAUCACAGCACUACAACUCUCUUGACUGCUUUUACUCUAAUAUAGCUCCAGCAUGGCGGAGGCCAUCUUGGGACCGCUGGUGGGGAAGCUCCAGGAGCUGGCGCUGAGCGAGGCGAAGGCGCUGGUGGCGGUGAACGGCGACAUCCGCGGCCUCCGGGACAGGCUCAUGUGGAUGCAGGCCUUCCUGCGGCACGCCGAUCCGCGCCGGCGUGACACCGCCGACGAGCUCAUGAGGGUGUGGCUCAAGCAGACCCGCGACGUUGCCUUCGACGCUGAGGACGCCAUCGACCUGUACUUCCUCAAGCUCGACCUCUCAAGGUACCCGGGCUGGACUCGAUCGACUGUUAGGUUCUUUGCUGGAUUCACUACACAAAUAAGCGUCCGGCAUGACCUGUCUAGAAAGAUUACAGAGAUCAACACAAGACUGGAAGAUAUCAUUAACAAUAAGGAGAAAUACAAGAUUGAAGUCGCGGCUGAUAACUACGCAAUAUCGCAAUGGAAACCUUCUACAAUCAUCUCUACGGUCGUCACAAAUUUGGAUGAUGUUCAACCACCUCCGAUUAAACGGGAGGAGCAGGAGAAAAUGCUUGAAAAAGCACUUCAGGACACCAAAAAGGAUCGAGUUGUGAUCUUUGUGACCGGGGAAAGUGGUGUAGGCAAGACAACUCUAGUUAGAGAAGUAUAUGAAAGGUCAACAACCAAGAAACAUUUUGAUUUCCAAGUUUGGGCGAGCUUCCCACCUUACUUGAGUUCUUCAAAUAUCCUUCAAUUAAUCUACCAGCAAUUGUCAAAAAAAGGUACUUGGCCCUCUAGAAAAGAUGUUGAUAAGAAAGUGCAAGGCAAGUUAGAAAAUAAGAAGUUCUUGUUGGUAAUUGACGGUGAGGUUAGCAGUACUGAUUGGAAUGCCAUUCUUGCUGCCUUGCCAGAAGAAGGUCAAGGUAGCAGGGGCAGAAUUAUUCGUAUCAUGCAUGGCAAACGACCAAGUGGUAGCGUCUCCCAACUUCAGAUUGAACUGAGCCGUUUUGGCAAAGCAAAAACCAAUGACCUAUUCAAGCAAAUGGUGAGCAUGGAAGAAAAAGUUGAAGAUCAAGUAUUGACUACUGAAGUCUCUUGGAACAGCACAAAGAUUGAUGAAAUGGCUGUAGAGAACCAACUGGACAGAAAACAAACUGAUGAGAAGUUAGGAAUUGCUGAUGUUAUACAUGACAUAACGAGAGGCCUUCCACUCGCAGUUGUUCUUCUAUCUGGCCUCGUGAUAACAAAGGAGUAUCCAAAUGAGUGGAAAGCAGUAUUCGAGUACCUCAAGUCCAAGGAAUCGAAGGCAAAGCGGCUUGAUAGCUUACUCACCAUGUGUUUUGAUGAUCUUCCGCAUGACUUAAAAUCAUGCUUCCUCUACUUUGCUGCAUUGCCUAUGAACGCACCUAUUGAGGUUCGCAAGUUGGUAUGCAUGUGGAUGGCAGAAGGGUUUUUGAGACCAAAAGAUGGGAAAACAAUGGAGAAAGUGGGAAGAAACUACUUGAAGGAGUUGAUUGCUAGGAAUCUAGUGAAGUUUGUGAAGAUGGAUAACAUCAGUCGCGAUGAUGAAUUUGUGGCUGUCCACCAUAAGGUUCAUGCAUUUUUACAGCUUGAAGCACAAGAGGCAAACUUUGUGGAUAUCCAUAAUGGUGAUGAUAUCCCUUCUUUGACAACUGCCCGUCGCCUCUCUCUACAGAAUUACACAGAUAAAUAUGCUGCUUUGGCAAACUCUUUGCCGAAACUACGGUCUAUCUUGUCCAAUUUCCAGGAAGAAGUUGAAGAUGAUAUAGAAGAUGAAGAUAAUGAAGAAGAUGAAGAAGAUGAAGAAGAUGAGGAAGAUGAAGAUGAAGACGAAGACGGAGAGGAAGAGGAUGGAGAAGAGGAACAAGUUGGAAGAGAUGGAUCUCAAAAGGAAGAGGCAAAGCAAAGGGAAGAAGGUGAUGGGGAUGGAAAGGGAGAGAGAGACGGGGAGCAAAAUGUAGAGGAAGAGAGAGCGGAAGAGGAAAAUACAGAGAACAAGGGAGAUAGAGAUAAUGAACAACAAGAGCGUAAUGAGGAAGACAAAAUUGAGGAAGCGGUUCUAAAUGAUAGCAGUGAACAAGAGAAAAAGGAAAUGAAGCCUGGUGCAAUGCCGUGGUCGGGCUUGCUUCGUUGUUGGGGACAAGGGGCCAACACCCAAAACAGCAUCAAGUCAUAUAUAAGAGGGAUGUUGCAACAAUCCAUGUUCCUGCGCGUCAUCAACCUACAAGGCGUUGAGAUUGGCGAUGAGAUGCCGCCAACAAUUGGGAACGUGGCUCACCUGCAAUACCUUGGUGUCACAGCCUGUUCCUUGAGAAGGAUCCCGUCAACAAUUGGGAAACUUAAAAAUCUUCAGACAUUGGAUGUUCGGGACACAUAUGUUCAGAAGCUUCCAACAGAAUUUUGGAAGAUUAGAACAUUGCGGCAUGUGUUUGGCAGUGGUCUUUUCUUGCCUAACCGGGUUGGGGACUUGAAACAUCUACAGACACUUGAAACUGUACAACCUGAUGAGAAGAAUGGCUGGGAUAGCAAGACUUUUGAAAGAAUGGUUCACCUUCGAUCCUUACAAAUUUGUGAUCCUUCCAACAACAGUGUAAAUGCAAAGGCUCUAUCUGCUGUCAUUGAAAAAUCUGAUUUCCUCCAAUACCUAGAGAUCAUGAUCCUAUACUUUGAUCAUAAUAUCAUUCCAAUGAGUGUGUUUGCCAGCCCUUCUCAGAGACGCCUUCGUUCUCUGACACUAGGAGGCAAGUUGGACAUGCUUCCAAAGGACUCCAAAUUUUGUGUCCCUAACUUGACCUUUCUCUCGUUGGAAAAUACAGAGGUGUCACAGGACUUCAUCGACAAGCUUGCCAAGCUGCCAUUGCUUGCCAACUUAAUAUUGGACACAAAAUCCUACAAGGAUGAUCAAGGUCAACUUGUGUUCCGUGCUGGUGGAUUUAAAAGUCUAAUAAAGCUGACGCUCUCCGAUCUGGAUUUGAAGAAGCUCAAGAUAGGCAAGUCUGCACUUCCAGAGCUCACCGAUUUGGUGAUUGUGUGGUACCCUGAAGACAUCAGCAUUGAGGUCUACGGUGAGCAUGGAUUUGUAAAGAAAAUCCAAGAUGAGGAUGAAGAGCUUUAUGGAUGUAUCACUCAAGUUCCGAUUGCACCAAAGAAAACUGGUAGCAUCAAGCAACGCGUAGCUGGUGGAACACCAAAGGUAAAUUAAGACCACAUAUGGCGUACAGUUCUCCAAUAUGACAGAACUAUGGCUCCUAGUGUGCUUGUAAAUUAAUUUGCUGGUCUUCGAGACUUGUUGUGUGUAUUAUAAGCGUUUAUGCGUAUGUGCUUGUAUGUGUCAUGUAUAAUUCUCUCGUGAUUGUAACAAGUGUGGGUUUGGUGGCAUUUAGACAUGCCCACUUAAUAAGUGCUAGCUGGAUCUAGCUGCAUUAUGUAUUAUAGAACCUACAGAAAAAUAUAUGCAUGUGUAACGGUGUGUA